AUGUCGGAGCUGCACCAGGCAGCGGCCGCGGCGGACUUUGAGCACGUGGAGGAGCUUUUGAGAGAGAAGAAAUGCAACCCCAACCAGAAGGACAUAGACUGGGGCAACAAGACUCCUCUGCACUGGGCCGCAGCCAACGGAGACGUGGAAACAGCCAGGCUCCUCAUGGACCACGGCGCUCGCCCCUGCCUGAGGACGGAGCUCGGGUGGACUCCGGCCCACUUUGCCGCGGAGGCCGGGUCGCUGGCGGUGCUGAGGCUGCUGCACUCCGUCCACGCGCCCCUGCACAAGGAGGACGCCAGCGGGGACAGGCCGCUGCGGUUUGCGGAAAUAUACGGACACAAGGAGUGCGUUCUCUUCCUUCAGAAGUACGACUUGUGGAUGUUCACACUCAGCUGUCAGGCCGAGGCGGAGGGUCACGCCUACCGCAAAUCUGCAGCAGCCAAGGGAAUGUCGGUGGACGACACUGACGAGGAGUGGGAAGGAUGA